CUUGUGGAGAAAACGUUUCUGUCAGUGUGUGGAGAUGUCCAAAGGUGAAAUGCUGAGAGUCUUGGUGAAGCAGCGAAUAACUGCGGCUGCUGAAGAGAUAUUCGGGCUGUUUGAAAGAACGAUAACAGAGUACGAGGAGGAACUGAGUCGGUCAAAAGAGGAGAACAAGCGACAACAGAAACUACUGGACGCUGUUUACAACCCUCAGCUUCGGCUACACAGAGCAGAUGUCCAGCAGCUGUUGGUACAUAAAGAAGAAAUUCCCUCUGAGCAGCAGGACUGGAGCUCCAGUCUGGACCAGAAGGACCCAGAGCCCCCACAAAUUAAAGAGGAACAACAAAAGGAUCUCUGGAUCAAACAGGAGGGAGAGCAGCUUGCAGAGCUGGAGGAGGCUGAUUUCACCAAGUUCUCCUUCACUCCUGUCCCUGCCCCUGAGCCCUCACAGCUUCAUCAAAUUGAACAGAUGAAAACAAAAGCUGAUGGAGAGGACUGUGGAGGACCAGAACCAGCCAGGAACUUGGAUCCAGAUUCACAUUUACAACCAGAUGCUGAAGACAGGUCUGGAGACUCUCCUGAACCUGAGACUGAUGACAGCGGUGAUUGGAUAGAGAGCAGAGAUUCCCAGUCAGGUUUAAAAUCUUUGAAAACUGUUGACAUUCCUAAUAGAACUGAUGAGAAAGCAUUCAGCUGCUCAAUGUGUGAGAAAAGAUUUGCCAAGAAGACAAAUCUGACGAGACACACAAGAUAUCAUACUGGAGAGAAACCUUUCAGCUGCUCCAUUUGUGAUAAAAGAUUUGUGCGAAAAACACAGCUGAACCAUCACAUGAUGACUCACACAAAAGAGAAACCUUUCAGCUGCUCCAUUUGUGAUAAAAGAUUUGUGCGAAAAUCACAGCUGAACCCUCACAUGAUGACUCACACAAAAGAGAAACCUUUCCGCUGCUCAUUGUGUAGUAAAGGUUUCACUGGAAGCGGAGACCUGGUGAGACACAUGAGAAUCCACACAGGAGAGAAACCUUACAGCUGCUCAGUGUGUAGUAAAAGUUUCACUGAAAGAGGAAACCGGGAGAUACACAUGAGAAUCCACACAGGAGAGAAACCUUUCAGCUGCUCAGUGUGUAGUAAAGGUUUCACUGGAAGCGGAGACCUGGUGAGACACAUGAGAAUCCACACAGGAGAGAAACCUUUCAGCUGCUCAGUGUGUAGUAAAGAUUUCACUGAAAGAGGAAACCUGGAGAGACACAUGAGAAGCCACACAGGAGAGAAACCCUUCAGCUGCUCAAUGUGUGGUAAAAGUUUUGUGCACAAAUGGAAUCAUAAGAUUCACAUGAAGACUCAUACAGGACAGAAACCCUUCAGUUGUUCAUUGAUCACAUGAAAACACAUGAAAAAUCACACAGAGGAAAUCUACCCAGGUUGGGCGUUCGUUACAAAAGAUUUCUGCUGCAUCAACAGAGAAAACAACAUAAAUGUGCUAGUCGUCAGUCCUCAGAGCUUCAUCAUACUAAACAAAAAAAAAAAAAACAGGGAAAAGAGAGCAAACUGGUAUAUUCCUGAACUCCACUGGGCAACUUUCAUCGCUGUUCAAGCAACAUUUAUUUGCACAUUAACAUUAUUGUGUUCAUUCUUUUAUGAUUAUUUAGUCUCAUAAUACUUUGUGUGAUACUUGUUCAGGGAUAAUUCAUUAUUUGCG